AGAGAGAGAGAGAGAGAGAGACACACACACAGAGAUAGAGAGAGAGAGAGAGAGAUGCCGUUUUCUUAAAUUAACGAAGAGCCCACAAUUUCCUUUCAAGUUCUCCAGUCCACACGCGACAGAGGUGGCAAAACAUCCCCCCAGGUUUGGAUGAGAUGUCCUAUCUGAAACCCCUAGGCAGGCAGCUUGAACGUUUUGACGGACUCUCGCUCAUUUACUGGACAUUGAUGGGGCCAUAUGGCGUUGACCGAGCUGUGCAUUCCAUGCACUUUACAGACUGUGAGAAUGGCUUGGGAAUUAAAGUUAUUGGUGGAGUCAAGGAAUUAACUGGUGAAGAAUAUGGAGUCUAUGUGAAAAGAAUUUUACCAGGGGGCCUUGCUUCAGUUGAUGGACAUCUUCAGCCAGGUGAUCAGAUCUUAGAAGUAAAUGGAGAAAGCUUGAUUGGAGUUACAAGUGACAGAGCUGUCGAUAUUCUUCGUUCAGCUUCUGCUACUAAUCACAUGCGCCUUCUUGUAGCAAGAGAUGAAGAGGCAAGGAGAGAGUUUGCUGAAUUGCUAGAGAAAUAUGGCUCAAGUGGCAGUGCUGGCUCUUCACGGAACUCCCCAAUUCAACAAAGUGGAACUGGAAGAUAUUUGGAGAGCUCCUCAUCUGGAUCUUCUUCAAGGUCGCAGAGCCCUCUUCUUUUAAGCCCUGCUAACUCUCACUGUGCUUUUAAUGGAAAUAAUGGAUCAAUACUGCGUUCUGCCAGUCAUCAGCCUGAGAGUGUAAUUCAGUUGAUCUCCAUUCCAAGGAGUUCUGGGCUUGGGAUCAUGAUCAGUGGAGGUUCAAAUAAGCCUGAUGGGCCAGCAGUAUUUAUACAAGAAAUCUUACCUGGUGGUGACUGCCAUAAGGAUGGCAGACUCAGACCAGGAGAUCAGUUAAUUGCAAUUAAUAAGGAAUCUUUAAUAGGGGUCACAAGUGAGGAGGCAAAAAGUAUGCUAAGCAAGGUCAAGUUCAGACAAGAAGAAACAGUGGAGAUAGCAUUCCUUCCUGGUAAAAGUCCCUUACCAGUCAGUAACUCUGUGCAAAAUGGCAUCCAAAGAAAUGGCUACAGUGCCAGCAAAUUAAAGGUUUAUGCACGAACUCCUGAGGGCAAACAGGAUGAUCCAACACCAGUGCCUUUAUCAUCUCCUGACGUCUGUCCUGUGGAGCUCACUGCCUCAGGGUCAAACACAUCAUUGAAUACUAAAGCAGCCAAAGGAAGCAAACAAAAGGUCUCUCUGGAUCCUCACAUACGAUUAAAAGCAGACAAGCUUGACUUGGCGCUGAGUUACCUUGGUUUUGAUGUCACAGAAGAGAAAAAGAAGAAACUGAGACAUAGUCUGGUAACUGAUCCACAAGGAACAAUAGCGUUUGGUGAUUUUGAAGAUGCUGUGCGAGAUGUUCUUCAUGAUAGAGUAGAAGAAGCGGGUCUGGCCAGCACUCCUUUUUCGUUUUCAUAUCAUGAAGCUGCCAAUUUAAUGGAUACAUCUGCAUUUCAUUCUCCCACAUUUGAAUCAGUCAGCUCUUACAACACGGAGGACCUCAGACAGUUUCAGUCGGAAGUCACACAGCUACAGCAUCAGAUCAGAAAGCUGAAGGUGCUUCUGAAAGACACCCAGCACAGUAAAAAAAACUUGGAAGAGGAACUCCAAAAAACCUGUCAGAAAACGUCUGCUACAGUUGCUGAGAAUAACAAUCUGAAGUGCAAACUGAAGAAGGCUGAAGCUGUUCAGAGACAAAACAACAGUGCUGAGCAGGAUUAUGAGGAGGUUAUCCAGCUCCUAGAAGCAGAAAUCAAAGAUUUAAAGGCCGAACUUGCAGCAGCAAAACCCCAAAAAUGCUCAGAAGCCACAAAAGAGGAUGUCACUGAGCUGAAACGACGGCUUUCUGUCAUUGACUGCCAGUUACGGAAAUCGGAGCUCACUCGGAAGCACCUUGAGAUCUCAAAUAAGAAGCUGCUUAUGUUUGCUCAGAAUGUGCAUCGGGUGUUGACAUCUUCUAGUUUAUUUAAAACUGAAGACAGCUUGAAUAUACAGAUAUCAGAUUCAAUGGCGGAGGGCAGCCUUAGUGACCCACCAUUACCUCCACACCCGGCUGGCCUCCUAGCAGCAGAAGCUAAAGAAUUAGUAGAGCACGCAGGUUCCAUCAGCUCCAGUCAAAGAAACAAUAUGCUCAAAACAUCCUUAAACCUUAGAAGGAGCACAGCACAUUGGACUGUCUGGUCUGAAGCUUCUGACAUCAAUUGAGAACCAACCCCUCCAUCAGACAUUACAAACUGGACCUUAAGAGAAUAAACAGUUCCUGGCUCCUUUAAUACCCUUUGAAUCUGCAAGAGCAAGGAUGGAGAUCUGAGAGAUGAUGAGCUGUGCUACUGAGAGGAAUUCUGUUCUUCACCCUUUACCUUUGAACACCUUCAAAUGAGAGACACAUGCUUGUUUCAAAACAACUGUUGUGUCUGGUUUGUAUAACAAUUAUCGCAAGAGCCAAAAUUGUUUGGUCUCUCUAGGAUGAACUCAUUGCUGUCAUGGAAGUGAAAUGGAAUACCGGCUUCCAUAAUGGAAGUGAGAGGGUGAGAAAAAUUUGCAAGAAACAGCUUGCCACUCCUUCCUUUCUAUUACCGUUUAAUGUGCCGAGUCCUUGUGCACCACCAAAAGUCUCCGAGUACCUCUUCUUAUGUUUUUAAAUGAUUCAAAUUGCCAUAUCUAAGCAGGAAGCCUAGAGAUCUGACACUCUGUUUGUGUUUCUUGAGUACUGUAGAAUUACAGCUUGGAGAAAAGGUAAGAUGGCUAACUUCAGCUUCGCAGGAAAGAACACUACACACUCUCUCCGACUGUCCAGAACCUCCAGUGAGAAGCCAAAACCAAGAGAAAGAGUGAUGAGUAUAAAAGGGCCUCAAAAAGCACAGAACUCCACACAUUUUGGACAGGUUGGUGAACCAAAGAGGAGCAGGGGUGAUUCGUAUCCUACUGUCUUUAACUAGAAGUGACAGACUGUGGGAUUCUUGUUGCCUAAUAUCCUUUUACAAAAGAAAAAGGAUUUUGGGAAAUACAUCAAUAAGUAAAAAUCCACUGCAUUGGUGAUGAACUUAGCAACAAGGUCAGUGAACAUUAGUAAACAUACAUUAUACAGUACAUGGAAUAAAUCGGGAUUAUUGCACAUUUGUUAUUAAUGCAUAUGUCAAGUGCUCUGAGAUUUUGUAUAACUCACAGCAGCUGUUUUAAAAAAGAACUGAGAAAAGUACUGUACAUUUAGCCAUGGAUUUUAUGUCCAGUUUACUGAUUCCUAGCAUGCAUUCUAUGUGUGGCCUGAAUUUCUUUUGUAUUAAAGAGCUAUGAAGAGUA